AUGACCGAUGAGAAGGUAAAAAUGUCUUAUUUCAAGUCAGAUAUCAAUACUUCAUUUAACAGGUGAACCCUACGACCUACGAAAAUCAAGCUUUCCAAACUUCAAAUCCUCCGCCGUCCUACACAGUAAGAUUUAAUUUUCAUUUUCUCAAGAACUCUCAUUAUUCUAUGUGAAAGUAAAUGGUCAAUUACAUUUUGAACUUGCAGGAAGCCUCGACUGCGCCUCAAUAUCCUCCCGUAGGAGCUGGAGUUCAUCCAGUUUAUCCGCCAGGACAACAGCCAAAUGUUGUCGUUUACACCUUGGAUCAACCUCAACAGGUAUGUCUCUAACUUUUAUUUAUCCGCCUAUUCGGAAAUUAACUUCAAACGAAAAAUAAUUUUCAAAUGUUCAGGUUCACGUGCAGCCAACGGUCGUCGUCGUCAGAGGCGUGAAAACUGCGCCAUCCUAUGAUCCUUACUUGGAAUACUGCCCAAAAUGCAAGGUUAGCUUUAAAAAGUUAAGUUUUGGAGAAUAAUCAACCUUUUUCCAGACGAAUGUGGUGACAAACACGCACUACGAGAUGGGUUUCUGCUCCUGGCUGAUGCUCUUUCUCGGAAUUUUCCUCUUCUUCCCACUUCUGUGCUGCUUUUGCCUCAAAAGCUUCAAAGAUGCCCGCCACUUCUGCCCCAACUGUGGAACUCUACUAUCAGUUAAACGUCGAUAA